CCUAAACGGAUGUUGCCGUUGUGUGGAGAAGGGUGGGCUCUGAAGGGAAGUCGAGCGGCGCGCACGCGCAUAGAGCAAUAGCCACGCCAGCUUAGGUAGGCUCAGGUGAGGAAGGUGGGGUGCAUCUGAAGGGACCCAGCUUGGAGCUGAAGUUCCAUUCCGUGUAUUAGGCUCCAUGCAGGAGUCCAGACGGAAGCAUCAGUCUUGGGGAGGGCUGUGGGAUUGAUGCGGUUCUGUCCACAGAGUGCGAUGCGGUGACGCCUCUAAAGAGUCAUGGCAGCAGCUGACGAACUGGCCUUCCACGAGUUCGAGGAAGCCACAAAUCUUCUGGCAGAGACCCCAGAUGCAGCUACUACUAGCCAAAGUGAUGAGCUGACCUCCCGAGAGCACGUGGCUGUGGUUGUGGGUUCAGGCAUUGGCUAUGGAGCUGAAGUAGGGGAGGAAGAGGAUGACAAGACAUCACUUCUACAGGAAGAAAAACCACAGCCCAGAUUCUGGACAUUUGACUACUAUCAGAGCUUUUUUGAUGUGGAUACCUCCCAGGUCUUGGACAGGAUCAAAGGCUCCCUGCUGCCCCAUCCUGGCCACAACUUUGUGCGGCACCAUCUUAGAAACCGUCCCGACCUAUAUGGCCCCUUCUGGAUCUGUGCUACCCUGGCCUUUGUCCUGGCAGUUACUGGCAAUCUCACUUUGGUGCUUGCACAGAGACGGGACCCCUCCAUUCACUACAGCCCCCAGUUCCACAAGGUGACCAUAGCAGGCAUCACCAUCUACUGCUAUGCGUGGCUAGUGCCGCUGGCGCUGUGGGGCUUCCUGCGGUGGCGUCAGGGCACGAGGGAGCGCAUGGGGCUGUACACCUUCCUGGAGACAGUCUGUGUCUACGGCUACUCACUCUUUGUCUUCAUCCCUACUGUGGUCCUGUGGCUUAUCCCAGUGCAGUGGAUACAGUGGCUCUUUGGAGCCCUGGGCCUGGCCUUGUCAGCAGCCGGGCUGGUAUUCACACUGUGGCCUGUUGUCCGAGAGGAUACACGGCUGGUGGCUGCGGCACUAUUGUCUACUGUGGUGCUGCUUCACGCCCUCUUGGCGCUAGGCUGUAAGCUGUACUUCUUCCAGCCACUGCCUCUGGACCAUGUGGUGCCAGCACCCCAAGCUACACCUCCAUCUCCCAAUGUCCUGCUGCCCAGUUCAAUCCAGCCCAUGACAACCUCCUAGGAAGGCUCAUAGGUGAGGGACCAGUUUCUGUGUUGGUUGAGGAUGUACCCUCCUCCUGGGACCAUUCCUAGGAGUCUUUCUUUUUCAGGCCAAACUCAAGGGGAUACUACUUGUCCUGCCCUCCCUAUGAAGAUGGGAGGAUUCUUGGACCCUGGAGACUACCCUGCUGUUUUGCAGGCUUUUCUUACAAAGCAAACACUUUUAUUUUCUAUGCAAAGGUGAUCCAGAGAAUUUAUAUAAAGGUGGGGGAGGGGCAGCCGAGCAAGGAGUAUUACUGAUGGACAGGAGAGAGCCUGGUUCCCAGCUGCCUGAGGGCCCUCUGAUUCCCUGACAGGUCAGGAGGGUGGCACAGAGCAGCUCCAGCCUUUGCCAAGGGGUUCCUGUGGCAGGCUGUGGCCAUUGAGGUGGGGACUCUAGGGUAAGGGAAUAGGGGAAACUGCCUGUGCUUAUUAAUCACCCUUCCUUCUUUGCUUUUCUUCUUGUCUGGGGAGGUCCCUGCGAGGCUCCUUCCCAGGGUUGCUGUCUUGAGAGGAUUAAGUAGAACAUGAAUGUGAACGCAACACACAGGCCUAUGUUAGCUAUCAGGAGAGGACGCCUUCCUUGUGUGUGUGUGACAGAUCUUUGAGGUUUCUUGUCUGCCCCAGUAGCCCAGGGUGACACACUCUGGGCUGCCUGUUCAAGCUUUUGAUGGAGGGGGGCCUUCAGGGCUCAGGACAGGACAGUAGCAGAAAGUAGGGACUAGGCCUUUGGACAGCUGGGUGGUUUGUACAUUCAAGUUUGAGGUGAACCCUUUGGUGGGAGGGGGCUGUGCCCACUCUGAAGGCUUGACAGGGCCACCCCUCACCUAGAACCUCUGGGCCUAGGAACAGGGGCUGCUGGCUUGGCCCGGCCAGCCGGGUUUCUCAGAGGGUCUGUGGGUUGACACUGGUUCUUUUCGUAAAAAAAUAAAAUUAAAAAAAGCAGCA